GAUGGAAGGGGCAAAUGGGCUCCCUCCAGCUCUUUUAUAAUAAUGGCACUAAUCUCAUUCAUGAUGGUGGAUACAGACAUUCAGAGCACAGCACACGAGGCAUAAACCAGGCACAGGCAGUGUACGCCUCAGAGCCCAAUGCAUGGUGUAGGAAUGGAAGCCAAGCUGGUGACCUGGGCGACGAAGCUCUGGAGUGGGGGCCUGAGGAUGCAGAUGUCCACGUAGGUCUGAGCCACACUGCCCUGUGGCCACAGGCGCCGUGCUCCCAGAACAUGACCACAGCCCAGAACGGACAUGGGCUAGGUACUGCACCACCCUGUUCGACCUCCGACCUAAAGGACUCCAAGAUGGUGACAUCCGCGGUGUGUCAGAAUGGAGGAUACAGAAAUGACCCCGAAGCCCCGGAGGCCCGGCUCAGCCCUUCCAAGCUCGUACGCUUCUUCUCUGUGAGUCGAAAGCGGGCGAGCGCCGACACCGACAGGCCGCGGUCCGUGGUGCUCAUGGGGAAUUCCUCCACGUGGAACGCCCUGGCCUCCUUCCGCAAAAUGGGAUCUUUCAAAAAACUCAAGUCCUCCAUCCUUCAAGGAAUUCAGAACCGGGAGGCAUCCGAGGCCUCCAAAGAUAACGUGUGGGAAGGUACCCUGGAGACAGCCGUGCCCAACGGUGCUGCGGUGGUGGCCGCAGACCCCGGCCAGGACCCAGCCGCUGACGCCCCCCAGACAGGGGACAGCACCUCUGAGGGCUCCGAGGACGACGCUGAUGCUGACGCCUUCCAGAGGAGCACGCACCGCUCCCGCAGCAUCCGCAGGGCCUAUGGCCUGGGCCGCAUCAGCCUGCUGGACCCUGAGAAGCGGUCUGGAAACUCGUGA